GUCCAACGAGUCCGAUAAGAUAUCGUCGGACUCGAUUCUCGAGGUGCCUCAACAAAAGAAGAUAAGGAAAACUGAAAUCGGGUGUUUGUUUGAAUUAGGGAACAUACCCCUAUGGGGAUUUACAUCCAUUUGUGGUAGGAGACCAGAAAUGGAAGAUGCUGUUGGUGCCAUACCGCGAUUUUUGCGAGUCCCUAGUCGAAUGCUGAAGGCCGAAAGCGUAGCUAAGGGAACGCAUCGUGGUUUAAAUGAUCUAACGGCUCAUUUCUAUGGUGUGUACGAUGGACAUGGAGGGUGUCAGGUUGCAAACUAUUGCCGUGAACGUAUGCAUUUGGCUUUAGCCGAGGAGAUAGAGAUGGGAAAAUCAUGCAUUCAAGAGGGAAAUGUCGAGCAAGACUGGCAGGAACAAUGGAGGAAAGCAUUCUCCAAUUGUUUCAUCAAAGUCGAUGUUGAGAUUGGAGGGGUUCGUAAAGGUGAGAACGAUACCGAUAACGAGCGUAUUGCCCCCGAAACCGUCGGCUCUACUGCUGUAGUCGCAGUAGUUAGUCCAGCACAUAUAAUUGUUGCCAAUUGCGGCGAUUCGAGGGCAGUUCUCUACCGUGGAAAACAGCCUGUGCCGCUGUCUGUAGACCACAAACCUGAUAGAGAAGAUGAACACGCAAGGAUAGAAGCUGCGGGAGGGAAAGUCAUACAAUGGAAUGGAUCUCGUGUUUUCGGUGUUCUAGCAAUGUCGAGGUCCAUCGGCGACAGAUACUUGAAACCAUGGAUAAUUCCAGAUCCGGAAGUGAUGUGCGUACCUCGAGCCAAAGAAGACGAGUGUCUUAUCCUAGCCAGUGAUGGCUUAUGGGAUGUCAUGAGUAGUGAGGAAGCUUGUGAAGUUGCUCAACGAAUCCUCCUAGGGCAUAAAAAGCACGGGGACAAAUUAACCGCAGAAAGGAGGGACGGAGUUGACCUGGCUGCUCAAUCUGCUGCGGAUUACCUCUCGAAGCUUGCUCUUAGUAAAGGAAGCAAAGACAAUAUUACGGUCGUUGUCUUGGACCUAAAAGCACAGAGAAAGUUCAAGAAGAAAACCUGACAGCAAGGGUACCUAAAAAGCUUUCUUUGUAUUGUUUUAAA